GAUGUUAUUCCACAGCUGUGAAUAUUCGUAAUCAUGGGAGCAGAAUCGAGUUCAACCAAAGUACAUCACGAGAGAAAGAAAUAUUUCUCAAAAGAAGAAUACCAUCGGCUUCUACAUCACAUACGCAAGUUGGCCAAAGAUGGGGAGACCGUUCCUGUGACAAUGCUGGAGAAACACAUCACUCGUUCAUUCAACCCAGAUAUGGGGAAGAAGUUCACACACCUUUUGACCAGGGGAAGACCUGUUACAUCCCUCCCCUGUACGACCAUUGUUGACCAGUUAGGACCUCCCCUCAAAGGGUCCCUGGAGGAGAGGCUGUACUUGACCCUCACACUUGCAGGAGGUGGCCAGGCUGGAGUGCUCUCCGACCAGAUCAUGAAGUACACAGAGGUUAUGCUUGCUGCAUACGUGAACUCCAUAGCCAACAUGUCUGGGAGCAAACACUGGAAGCCGAGCCCACCAGAAGUGAUACAGCAGAUCAGUCAGGCAUUGCUUCAUGAUUUGCUUUUCUCGGGUGCCAGCCCAAAGGAGGUUUGGAAAAAGCCUCCUCCAAAGGUUCGCUUCUCUUAUGAUGACUUCGAGAGAUGGUGUCUUGGUCAUUCUAUCUUCACGUCCCUAGAAUUAGAGGCUCUUAAAGGCUGCUUUCCAUUUAGUCCUCUUGAUUACAGAGGUUUAUUGCCAGAGGUCCAGACUACUCCAAAGAGGUUUCCCACCAUGUUGAGUGCUGCUCAAGUCAUGCUCCUCAACAGUGCCUUGCCAUCCACACUUCAGACAGACUGGAGGUUCCUCUUCUCCACUGCAGUUCAUGGCUGGAGCUUCAGUAUCUUCAUGAAGCAGAUUGUUGGAAAGGGUCCAAGUGUCAUUGUGAUUGAGGAUCAGUCCGGUAACAAGUUCGGAGGCUUUGCAUCUACGUCCUGGGAAGUCCGUCCUCAGUUCCAGGGUACUGCAGAGUGUUUCCUGUUUACUCUGGUGCCCCAGACAGGCAUAUUUCGUUCCACAGGCUUUAAUGGAAAUUAUAUGUACCUCAACUAUCUGGAGAAAAAUACCAUGCCUAAUGGACUGGGCAUGGGUGGCAGAGAAGAGUUGUUUGGAUUCUGGCUUGAUUAUGACUUCGGCAAGGGAACUGUGGCUCCCACCUGUACCACUUUCCGUAGCCCUCCCCUCUCCCCCCACCAAGAGCUAGAAAUUCAAGGGAUCGAAGUGUGGGCUGUUGGUCCAGAGGAGGAAGAUUCGGAUGAAGAGGGAACUCGGCAAAGGAGUGCACUGGACAAGAACCCAGAUGCACAGGCUCUUCUGGACAUGAUUGGCAAGACUCGAGUCAGUGAAGGAUUGCGAGAAGCUGAAGAGAGUGACUAAGACCUUUCCCUUGGCCAGAGGCAUUUAGAACAGGUGUUGACUAGGUACAAAUAGCUUGAAUGUCACAGUACUAAGGAUAGAUGUUUAUCUAGUAGAUAUAUUUUGUUGUGUAGGAAGUAGUGGAAUUUGUGUUCGCAUUUUUUGCAGUAGGCAGUCGUGGAGAAAUAUGACUGAUGGUAGCUUAAUGUUUUGUUCAUACUGUCCAGUAAAAACCUGACUGUGCAAGGGAAGAAAGCUGUAGAACUCUUUAAGAUCUUGAAGAACUUGUUGAUUUUUUCCUCAUCACUCUGGUGUUUCAUUUCAGAGGAAAGGUGUUCUUCGGGAUCAUUACAGCACCGUUAUUUGUAAUCAUUUGUUUUAAAAGUUGAUGCCACAAAAUUUUGUAUGUGAUGUGUGUAAUGCUGUUUGUGUGCCAUGUGAUGUGUAGAAAGGUAUAUUUGUAGGAACUUUGAUAGAAGGGAGAAUAGUAGAAAGCAAUCAUUUUUUAUUAUUGAUUUGUUAAUUUUUUACAUUUUUUUAAAGCUGACAUCUUGAAAUUAAUUACUGGACCAUGGACUUCCAUGUGUAGGCUAAUGAAAAUUAACUGCAGAAUCUGUAGACUAGAGGAACGGAAAACUCCUGCUUUAUUAGAUGGUGAGAUCGUGUGAUUUUUUUCCGUAAGUGUAAACAAAAUGUUUGAUAUAUACAUUAGAGAUGCACAUUCCAACAUGGCCUGAUAAUCUGCCUUUGAACAAUAUUCUGCAUUUCCUAACACAGAAGAUGGUACAGGUGAUAUGAUUACUGCCUUUAUGUAACCUGUAGACUAUGAUGGUUGUUUUCUCACGAUGUGCAGUGUACAGUCCUUGCCACUUUUUGAGUCUUGUGAAAUGCCAACAAAUAUGCAUAUAUAUCAGAUGAAUGGAAGUCUUUAGCUACAUGCCACUACAAUGUUUUCACUUGGCUUUAUAGGAUUACAGAGUAAAAGUUAACAGAACUCUGAAACCUGCUGAGACAUGGCUGUGUUGUGUUGACAGUUAUGGAUAUUUGCCUUAUGUCCCUAUAUCCAACAUAACGUUCUUGUGUUUUAUUUUGCUAUAUUAAACAUAAUAUAUAUCCACUUAUCCUUGCCUAUAUACAUAUUUCGAGAAUUUGUUAGUCUUUUUCAUAUUUUUAUGAUCCUAUUUUUCUCAUAUUGCCUACUUCAUAAGUUUGAUAUUUACUAUUUAUAUAUAAGAAAUCAUGAGAGAAUUGAACAGCCCUUGCAGUUUACAGGUUUUGUAGGUAUAUUUUAAAAACUUGUCAGUACUAAUGUAAUUGUGAGUCAAGCAGGUAUAACAGUGUACAGACUUAAUAUCAUUGAAGUGUACAGAAUUGAUAUCAGCAUAGUGUACAGAACUGAUAUUGUUGAAGAGCAUAAAACCAUG